CAUGUCGGCAGAUUGCGUGUUUUGUCGAAUUUCGAGCGGCCAGGACCCUUCUACGACGCUGUUGUUUGAGAAUGAGCGUCUGGUCGCGUUUCGAGACAUUCGACCAGCGGCUCCAACGCAUCUCCUCGUCGUCCCCAAGCAACACAUUCGAGAUGCUACACUCCUCGAUUCAACGCACUCUGCGCUCGUUCACGAAAUGAACGAGGUUGCACUUAAACUAUUAGCAGAUCACAGCCUCGAUGGCCAAGAUGCGAGAAUUGGGUUUCAUUGGCCGCCGCUGGUCAUGAUCAAGCACUUGCACCUGCAUGUGAUUGCGCCUGCAUCGCAAAUGUCGUUUUUGGGUCGGUGGCUGUUUUGGGACAAGUCGCCCUUGUUUUCACCGAUCGCAUGGAUGCUGGACAAGCUAGCGUGAAUGCUGGUGCAGGACAUAGAUUCAAUGAAUUUUCAAGAAGUG